CACAGAAGGGGGACACAGGCACGCUGAACUCUGAGCGCGCACGGAGCCUCGCGCCGCUGGAGGCAUGCAGGGCACGCUGCAAUAGUUGUACUGCGGUCGGAUACACGCAGGAAGACACAAUGGGCAUGGCGAGUGAGGAUUUGCUGGUGACCCUCCAGAUACUGCCCGGCUUUUUCUCCAACUGUCUGUUCCUCGCGCUCUAUGACUCCGUGGUGCUGGUGAAGCGCGCGGUGUCGCUGCUCAGCUGCUCGCGCCCCGCGGGCUCCGGAGAGCGGCCCCGCAUGCUGACCUCCGCUGGGCUGCGCUCCAUCUGGAACAGCUUCCUGCUGGACGCAUACAAACAGCCUAUGCUCCGAGAUUACCUCUGUCCGAAAAGAACUAAAGAGUCAAUAGGACAAUUACAAGCUAAAGUCGAUCAACACGGACAAACUGUGCUUGAGCUUGAACGAGCUGCUACGGACCAUGGCGGAAGGAUAACGGAGCUGGAAGCUACAGUUAGCAGGCUCACGGCUCAGGCUAAACAUGCUGAUGAUCGGUGCGAGGACGGAGGGGAGAUCCAGAAGGAAUAA